AUGAAUCAAGGUCAGCGUAUGCGGUACAUCAAGACGGGUGGCAUUGUUGCUCUCGUCUUGUUCGUACUCUACUACUUGUUGCCCGGCUCGACACCGUCAGUAGGAAAGUUCCCCGGCGGCGAUGUUGCCUCAGACCCGUCUGUCGGCACUGCGAAAUGCACCCGCUCAUACUCGGCCAAUAAGCCUUUGAUCCAAUACGCUCUCAUGGUCGAUGCCGGCAGCACUGGCUCGCGCAUUCACGUCUACCGCUUCAACAACUGCGGUCCUACCCCCGAACUCGAGAAUGAAGACUUUAAAAUGACCGCUACAAAGGAAGGAGGCUCCGGGCUGAGCUCCUACGACUCGGACGCUGAGGGCGCCGCAAAGAGCUUGGAUAUGCUGCUUGAAGUCGCCAUGAAGAACGUCCCCGACAAGUUGAAGGGCUGCACUCCGAUUGCCGUCAAGGCCACGGCUGGUCUGCGCAAGCUCGGUCCUGAGAAGAGCAACGCCAUUCUGAAGGCGGUGCGCAAUCGUCUCGAGACCGUCUACCCCUUCCCCGUCGUCAGCGAGGCAAACGGUGGUGUCGAGGUCAUGGAUGGCAAGGACGAAGGUGUCUACGCCUGGAUCACCACCAACUACCUCCUGGGCAAGAUUGGUGGUCCUGAUAAGAACCCCACUGCCGCUGUCUUCGACCUUGGUGGUGGUAGCACUCAGAUCGUUUUCGAGCCCACUUUCGCUCAGGCCAAGGAUGGUGGUAUGCCCGAGCAGUUGGCUGAGGGUGACCACAAGUACAAGCUCUCUUUCGGCGGCCGCGACUUCACCCUGUACCAACACUCAUACUUGGGCUACGGUCUUAUGGCUGCCCGUGAAAACCUGCACAAGGUCGUCAUUGACAAUAUGCACAAGGCAAACCCCGACUCCAAUGCCUGGCUGAGCAAGCCCGUCCUGAAUCCCUGCCUUAUUCCAGGCACCACUCGUGAGGUCAAAGUUCCCCUCGGUGAGGGCCACGCUCUUGGCACAUCUGUCACGGUUAACAUGACUGGUCCUACUACUGGCUCUGCGCCUCAAUGUCGCGCUAUUGCCGAGCUGACUCUGAAGAAGGAAAAGAAGUGUACCAUCUCUCCCUGUGCCUUCAACGGCGUUCACCAGCCAUCGCUGUCCAAGACCUUUUCCCGAGAGGACGUUUACCUCUUUAGUUAUUUCUACGACCGUGCCCAGCCUCUGGGUAUGCCCGAGUCUUUCACACUUUCCGAGCUCAAGGAUUUGACCGCUCGUGUCUGCGAGGGACCCAAGAGCGAUUCCAAGGCUUGGGAUGUGUUCAAGCCCAUCGAUGGCGCUAUCAAGGAGCUCCAAGGCCGUCCCGAGACCUGCCUGGAUUUGAACUUUAUGGUAGCGCUUUUGCACACUGGAUAUGAGAUGCCCAUUGAUCGCGAGGUCAAGAUUGCCAAGAAGAUCAAGGGCAAUGAGUUGGGUUGGUGUUUGGGUGCCAGUCUUCCCCUUCUCAGCCAAGAAAGUGGAUGGAAGUGCAAGAUUAGCCAGGUCGCAUAG